UCGUUGGAUUGUUUCAUCGUUAUCGGUGUGGUGUGGCCACUGCGGCGGCACGUUCCAAAGUCCCGAUCGCCACUGGUUAUCAGCUGAUGACCUCUUUCGUAUCACACGCAGUGACUUUUCCCUUAUCAUGCGAUUUCCAUAUCGUAGGAAAUCUUCCGAUUGUUUAAGUUUAAUACAUUAAUUCGUAAUUGCGACUUGCUAGUCGCGACUCUCCAUCGACACUCGACUGGACGGCGUGUCGCACACUCGCGUACAAACGACAAUCACUUUACGUAGUCGUCGCCCAAUUCGUUUGUUAUUAUUUUUUUUUCCACCGUAUUUUAUUCUGUCAAACUAUUCGUUUUAGUUGUUGUUUUAUUUUUUUUUUUUUGUUUCUGAAUUCUAUUGAGUGUUUCGGGUCUACCUCGUAAAUACUUCGUUCCCAUGGCGUUCGUCCUGAAGAAUCCACAGACCAAGAGCUUAUUAUCUUAAUUAGGAACCUAACAAAACAAAUAUUUAAUGUUGGAGUGAUUACACAAUUAUGAAUAUUGACGACAUGAUUGGCAACGAAAAAAUGCAUUCCUUUUGUUUACCUGUUGAAUCAUGUGUGGUUUGUGGAGAUCGAGCAUCAGGUCGACAUUAUGGAGCAAUUAGUUGUGAAGGAUGUAAAGGUUUCUUUAAAAGAUCUAUACGUAAACAACUAGGCUAUCAAUGUCGAGGUACCAAAAUGUGUGAAGUUACAAAAAAUCACCGCAACCGUUGUCAAUAUUGCCGUCUUCAAAAGUGCCUGUCUAUGGGAAUGAGAAGUGAUUCUGUACAACAUGAAAGAAAACCAGUUACAGAUAGAAUAGAAUCUAUUCAUAAUAUGUCAACUAGCCCGGACAAUAAUAACAUUCCUACAUUUUCAUACGCAAAUAAUUCAUAUAUUAAAAAUGAAAUGCCAUUUAUCAAAAAUGAUAUGCAUUUCAUUAAAACAGAAAUACCAUAUGCAGGAAAUCGCUCCGUGUAUAAUGAUCAAACAGCAUUGAAUUUACUUCAAACAUCAAAUGAAAAUGAUUCUUCUGUCAGAAAUCAGAAUUAUAUGGAUUAUUAUAUGGCUGAAGAUGAAGAAUCAUCAGUUAGCCAUUCUCCAAAUAAUGAACAGGAUAUUAAACCAUUUAAUCAAGACAAUAAAAGCCUAUUAGUACUUACAUUGGAUUCUAUGACAAAUGCUACUCAACAAAAUUCUAAUGGUACUGAUUCAUCAUAUGAGGUUGAAGUGCAGAGUAACAUUGUUUUAGAUAUUUCUGAAGAUGUAAUGCCAACUGUCAAUAUUAACUUCCCAUUUCAAUCACCUAGUCCUAAAUACGCAUACUUAAAUUUACAUUUUAUUUGUGAAAGUGCUUCAAGGUUAUUGUUUCUGUCGAUAAAUUGGGUUCAGAGUCUUCCAGUUUUUCAGCUUCUAACAUUUGAAGUACAGCUUAGUCUGCUAAAAAAUUCUUGGUCACAAUUGUUUAUUUUGGGUUUAACUCAAUGUGCACAGGCAUUAUCAAUAAUACCAGUACUUAGUUCUAUGAUAACUCAUUUACAAAAUGAUGAAAUUCACAACUCGUCCAACUCCAGUAAAGCUAAGGAGCUUAUUGAUUACCUCAAUAGAAUACAAGAUUAUAUUACAGAAAUGGAAAAUAUUGAAGUGAAUGAAGUGGAAUAUGCAUAUUUAAAAUUAAUAUCCUUAUUUAACACUGAUAAUCCUUCUGAAAGACAACAAUUAAACAAACUACAAGAAAAAGCUGUCAAAGAAUUAAAACAGCAUUUGAUCAAAGAAUGCAAUGAUGAACACCGUAUAGCCAUAUUAUUGUUACGACUUCCAACUUUACGUUCAUUACAACCUAAUAUCAUAGAAGAAAUAUUCUUUUCUAGUUUGUUGGGUAGUUUUCAAAUUGAUGCAGUUAUACCUCAAAUUUUGAAGCUAAAAUGUUCAAAUACAGAAUAUGAAGAUUUUGUUUCUAAAAACUUUGUUUCAUAAUAAUUAUGGUUAGUCAUAUUUAUGGUUUGUAUUUUCGUUGUAAUCGUCUUGUAUUUGAAUUUUAGUUUUAUUAUAGACUUAUAAGAUAUUUAAGUUUAAAUAUUUAUAUAAUAGUAAUAUCUUUCGCUUUUAUAAUUUUAUUUCAGAGGAGAUGAAAUGUACAAUUAAUUUUUUGAUUUUGAAAACCUUAGCAUCUCAAUAUUUAAAUUAAUAACAGUGGUGCAAAGCCAGAUAUUUAAUUCAGAUUUUCUGGUGGAUAUCAAUGUAACUAUAAUAAGUUUUAAAAUACAAUAUAAAAAUAAUUAAGAGAAUGCCUCACUUGCUUGUAUUGUCUUCUUCUUUCAAACAGAUAAAAUAGUAAAUUUGUGUUCACAGUUCCAAUUGUUUUUUUGUUAGUUUUAAUAUUAAAGUGAAUUGACAUUAUAAAACUUGAAGGUAAGAACAUAAAGUUGACUGUGUAGUCUAACCAUUAGUAUUUGUUCAUUACAAUAUUUUAGUUCUAAGCAAAUAAUGAGCAUUUUAUCUAAUAUUAAUAUUUUAUAUACUAUAAUUUUCUUAAUAAUAAAAAUAUAGAAAAAAAAAUAUUUUCAGAUAUUGUUGUUACCUUUAAAUUUGAUGUGCUGGUCAAUAUUCAUUCUAAAAUUAAAUUUUACAACAAAAAAUUGUAACUGCUGAAAUCAAAUUUACCAUGUUACAUGUUUGUAAAAUAAAGACAACUUAUGGACAUGACAUUCUCUUGAAAUCAAAAACAAUCUUAAUUCCCAUUUUACACUAUGACAAUAACUUUAUUUUUAUUUGAGAAAUUGCUUUUAAACUACGGUUUGUCGUAAUAGUUAUGUAUAGUUUAUAGAGAGUAAUUAGGUUUUAGUAGACAUGGUGUGUUGAUAGAUAUUUAUGAGUGUUCAUUCAGCAGUAAACACGUAAAGAUGGGAAAGCGGUCGAACGCCAGUACUAGUUAGCAAAUGGUAUGCCCAUUCUGCUAUAAUAACCUCAAAAUAAUUAUUCUCUCAAAAUUCAGUUUUUGAUUGCGCCAUGGUUGUCAGUGAGUAAUUAUGUAUAGUAUAUUCUUUUAAUUUUAAAUUAAAUUAAAAUGUUUUUGUUUUUAAACAAGUUUUUAUAGAAUAUUUAUUUUAUUAUAUAAUAUUUAAAAUAAUGCUGGAACAAUUAAAAGUAAAUAAAUGAUUGAUUUCAAUUUAAAAAUAGACCUAAAAUGCAUAUGCAAGAGUAUAAUUGAUAGUUUUUUAAUAUACUUAGUAUAAUGGA